UAAUAAAUUAACCAUGAAUUCGAAAGAAAAUAUAGUUCCAACUUCUAAAACAACAACGGCUAAUACAAAACCUUAUGGAAAAAUUGUAUUAACGCUACAAAACUGUCUUUUACCUGAAGAGAAGCUCAACUCUACACCAUCUCAUUUGGAUGGAUUAGAUGCCGAAACAGAAACUGAUUUAAGAAUUUUAGGAUGUGAACUCAUACAAACGGCAGGAAUUUUAUUAAAAUUACCCCAGGUUGCAAUGGCUACUGGCCAGAUAAUAUUCCAAAGAUUUUACUACAGCAAGUCAUUAGUAAGGCAUAAUAUGGAAACUACUGCAAUGGGUUGUAUUUAUUUAGCAAGUAAAAUUGAGGAAGCUCCAAGGAGAAUUAGGGAUGUAAUUAAUGUUUUCAAUCACGUAAAACAAGUAUCUAGCCAAAAAACGAUUCAACCGGUCAUUCUGGAUCAGAACUACGUGGCCCUCAAAAACCAAGUAAUAAAAUCAGAAAGAAGAGUCUUAAAAGAAUUAGGCUUCUGUGUACAUGUUAAGCAUCCUCACAAAAUUAUUGUGAUGUAUUUACAAGUUUUAGGUUAUGAAAAAAAUCGUGCACUAAUGCAGCAAUGUUGGAAUUAUAUGAAUGAUUCUUUACGAUCAGAUGUUUUUCUACGACAUCAUCCAGAGACUGUUGCUUGUGCUUGUGUUUAUUUAGGAGCUCGUCAGUUACAAUUGCCAUUGCCGAACUCACCGCCAUGGUUUUCGCUAUUUAAAGUUCAGGAGUCGUCAAUUAGGGAUGUUUGUCGACGUAUAUUAAGACUCUACACACGACCUCGUGUUCGUGUAGAAGAAUUAGAAAAGAAAGUUGAAGAGUUAAGACGUCAAUAUGAGGAGGCAAGGACAAAAGCUCGAGGGGGGGAUGUAGAAGGCCAUACUCCAAGCCCUCCGCUUCCAAAGCAUCAUAAUGCUUGGGGUGGUUUCAUCAGUCGUAGUGGAACUCAUGCUGUUCCUGAAAGAACAAAAUCACCUAGAAGAUCAAAAUCGUCAACUAAUACAUCUUCGUCUGCUCAACGAAGUGAAUCAACGAAACAUACAAAACGAAAAAAGCACUCAAGUAGAAGCAGAUCACGAAGUCACAGUCGUGGAAGAACACGUAAGACCAAAAAAACACAACGCCGUCGAUCAGGAAGCCACAAAUCUCGUAGCAGAUAUCGAUCACGUAGUUAAUUACAAUCAGCAUUAGUUUUUAUUCUUUAAUUUUAGUUGAUAAUAGAAUAAAUUAUUAAAUAAAAUACUACAAAAAUAAAAGAGUCAAUUUCCAUACAAUAUCAAAUAUCAUUUGAGUCUACAUUAUCAUUUCAUUAACUGAAUUUCAGUUUUAUUAAUAAUCAUAUAAAAUUCUUACUAAUUUCAAAGUAAGUUAUUCAUUUUAGCAUCACGAAAAG